CCCUGAACUUUUUGCUCAAAAACAGAUAUUAAACAAGGGACGAGCCAUCAGCCAGCUAUUAAACAACUAAGAAAGUUUCUUCUCUAAGAAAAACUUACAGUAUAAAGCUGAAUUGUAGUCAUCUCUUUGCGCAUCUGGGUUGUUUAACGAUGGAGAUUUCCAGAGAUGUAAUGGAAUUGCGCCUUUUGAGCUUCAUCUUUUUGUGUAUGUUGUUUGUUGUCCCUUCUCGUGGCAGAUUUACGAGAUAUUACACGCCUCCAAACGUCCCACGUUUGACAGAUCUCGUUCCUCGUGUCUUGAUUGACCAAUGCUUUGCUAAAUUGUUUGGGGCUUCAAAUAUGCAGUUGAUGAACAAUGGGUCCUCUGUCAAUCUCACUCUCGACAAAGUUUCUGGUGCUGGUCUGGUCUCCAGAAACAAAUAUCAUUAUGGAUUCUUCAGUGCUUCAAUUAAGCUUCCAUCAGGUCUCACUUCAGGGGUUGUGGUGGCUUUUUAUUUGUCGAAUGCAGAUGUUUAUCCCCAUUCUCACGACGAGAUAGACAUCGAGCUACUUGGACAUGACAAGAGAAAAGAUUGGGUUAUUCAAACAAAUAUCUAUGCCAAUGGAAGUGUCAAGACUGGAAGAGAAGAGAAAUUCUACCUGUGGUUUGAUCCCAGCUUGAAGUACCAUGAUUACACCAUCAUUUGGAACAAUUAUCAUACAGUGUUUCUGGUGGAUAAUAUUCCAGUAAGAGAGCUACGAAAUUCUGCAGCUUUCUACCCAUCAAAGCCAAUGUCAGUUUUUGUCACAAUAUGGGAUGGUUCAGAAUGGGCAACUCAUGGAGGCAAAUACCCAGUUGACUACAAGUAUGCACCCUAUGUAGCUUCUUUUGAAGAAAUGGAAAUCAAUGGCAGUAUGACAACUCCGACAGCCACUGCUCCUUCAGGUUCUAAAACCAAUGUCUCCAGCCCAGAUACUCUGGAGCGGCCAGAAUUUAUCAAGCUAUCACAGCAGCAGAUAGAGGCGAUGGAUUGGGCAAGGAGGAAGCUCAUGUUCUACUCCUAUUGUAAAGAUACAUCUAGAUACAAAGUUAUACCACCAGAGUGCAAAUAAAUGUAUUUUUUGCUAUUUCCUACUUAUCCACUAGGAUUCUUUCAACAAAAAUUUGAAGUUACAAAAAAAAGGGUAUUGUGGCCUUGUAUACCAUAAUGAUUAGUGAGGUACACCUACGUAAGACAUGGGAUGGGAAGAGAAGUAAGAUGUUUGUCUUUGUGCCGCUAUCUUGUUUUUUUAUAAUUUUUUUGAAAAAAAGAAAAGAAAAGAAAGAUCCUUUCCCUUUCAGUGUAUAUGAAAAUAAAUGUGCUGGCUUAUUUGGUUUA